UUACAUUGCAAACAAGACUGUACACAUUUUUUUCAUAAAUUUUUUGCGAGUUAAAUACCGUACAGGUUUGUAAAUAUGUAACAUAAAAAUGACGCGAAAAACCACAGCUCCGAUAGACAUAUACUUUCAUAUGACAAAUCAUUACCGGAAACUCAGAAAUGUGAAAAGUGUAGUUGAUACGUCUCCUCCAACAGUUUUUAAAUCACAAUCAAGUAGAGAAAGUAGGCUUACAUCGAGAAAUGAAAGUCGCAUAUCGUCAGCUAAUAGUUCAGAUAGUUACUAUGCAAGUUUGCUGUAUUUGAAGAAGAAUAGACCUCAAUCUGCCCGAUCUCAUAGUUUACCAGUAAAAUCAACGAGACGGAAAAUCGCGAAUGUGCAAUGUGUCGAACCGGGUUCGAUAAAACCUCGUUCGGCAUCAAGGCUCCGGUCAGCUUUAGUGCAAGUUAGUCCCCCACAGACAUCGACACGUGAACAGCAGACUACUGAAAUGACACACCCAAAAAAAACCUCGGAACACGAAUAUGUACGGUUCUCGUUACGAAUUAUAGAGGAUAUUAUUCGUAAUGACCUCCAUACAAAUAGGCAGAUACAAGAUGUAUUCAAUAGUCAUAUUGAGGCCAACCGUGAAACUCUGAACAAUGAGAGAAUGAUGCAACAAAUUAGUUUUUUAAAAACUGAAUUCAACAUACCAGAAAAAAUUUACACGAUGAAACAGUCGCAAAAAUGUGUAAAUUGUGUUGUAGCAAAAAAGAACUUGAGUUUAAACUGUGAUGAGUGUGACGUCGUUCGUAACCCACCCUUAUGCUACCGAGUUACGGAAUUAACACCCAAUUUUGAGAAUGCCGAGCAUUUAGACGAAGAUAAAACAAACACCAAAGAUGAUAGCACUAUUACAGUUAUGCAAGCAGAUAUUGGUCUCUAUGACAGCUAUAAGCAUUCAAUGGAGCAUACUGUAUCUGAGGUAGAAAAAGAAGAGAUUAAGUUAGAUCAAGGUGAAGAUGAGAGGGAAAAUUUUAAAACUGCAGAUGCAGAGUUUGUAUUACUUCCUGGUCCUCUGUACAUGCCGAAGGUUUACCUAAACGAAAGCAAAGGUGGCGAGAGUGUUUCGGUAGCACCAGUUUCUUCCGAAAAGAACCACUACUUACUCAUAACGAAAAAUGUGGCAGUCAACACGGACCAAAAAUCGGCAAACUGCGAGGCCUCCACUCAGAUAGAAACCGAAUACAAAGCCACCUCCACCGAGACCGACUGUAUCGAUCAAUCCGUCAACUUCUCGAAUGUCCCCCAAAACAAAAUAUGCCAAGUCGAUUUAAACCAUUACGAUUUGACGCCACAACGAGACGUCGAUCUCUCGAUAAAUAAAGCGGAUACAAACCUGCUGCUGGGCGACAAAUACGAGAUCGUUCAACACAAAAUUAGAAAUUUAGAUAUGUAUACGUUAAACCAAUUUUAUCCGACUAGUGGUACACAAACUUCCUUAGACCGUCUCGUGCCCUUAAGAAAAAUUCCUAAAGGCGCCCAGGAGUAUUUUAUUAAUAAUGGGCCGGACUUACUAGUUCCAAACGAACUUCAUAAAGUCGAUGCGAAAAUUAAGCAUGAUCGAGGCAAGUUGAAGACAAAGGAACGAGUGAAAUGUAACUUAAGAAGUGGAGCUACUGAUCAAAAUCCCCAGCACGAAGAUUAACGUCAUCAUAUCAAAUUUCUGUAAUUAAAGACGACACGUGGCAGAUUGUAAUUUAAACAGCUUUAACUAAAUAAAAUUCUUCUUUUUGUUUA